AUGCAGACUGAGAUUAAAAAUAUCCCAUUAAAUUCUGGAAAGUACACCACCUAAUAAAGGCUGGGUAGUGGUUCUUUUGGUGAGAUCUAUUUGGUCAUAAGUUAAUCAAAUGAAAUAUUGGCUGCUAAAUUUGAAGAAGCCAAAUCAAAGCAUCCUCAAUUAGUAUUUGAAGCAAAGGUGACCAAAGCAUUAGCAGGAGGAAUUGGCAUUCCAACAUUGCACUAUUUUGGAUAAGAGGCAGGAUUGAACGUAAUGAUUAUUGAUUUACUGGGUCCAAAUUUGGAAGACUUAUUUAACUUGUGUCAAAGGAAAUUUUCAUUAAAGACAGUCAUAAUGUUAGCAGAUCAAAUGAUUCAAAGGGUUGAGUAUAUGCAUUCCAAGAGCUUCAUACAUAGAGAUAUUAAACCAGACAACUUUCUUAUAGGAUUGGGCAGGAAGUCCAAUACUGUGUACAUUCUCGAUUUUGGUUUGAGUAAGAAAUAUAGGGAUGCUAAAACUCAUUAACAUAUCCCAUACAGAGAAAAUAAAAAUCUUACAGGAACAGCAAGAUAUGCCAGCAUUAAUGCACAUCUUGGUAUAGAGUAAUCUAGGAGAGACGAUUUAGAGGCUAUUGGUUACGUGAUGGUCUACUUACUAAGGAGUUACUUACCUUGGUAAGGAAUCAAGGCAAAUAAUAAAUAAGAAAAAUAUCAUAAGAUUAUGGAAAAGAAAAUGACUACCCCAGUUGAAGUCUUAUGUAAGACCUUGCCAAUUGAAUUUUCAACCUAUCUAAAUUAUUGUCGAUCAUUAAGAUUUGAAGAUAAACCAGAUUACAGUUUUCUCAGAAAGAUGUUCAAAGAACUCUUUUAGAAACAUGGAUAUGAUUGGGAUUAUCAAUAUGACUGGUGUUUGGCUAUUAAUGGAUAAAAAACUAAUACGUUUAAUAAUGGUAAAAUCACCAUCCAAGUUAAUGCUAAUUAAUAUGAUGCUGAUGAAAAUCAACCUCCCAUUACUAUUUAAAUUAAUGAAAAAGUGUAAGAUAAAUAGGUUGUAGAAUCUAAGAUUAUGGAAAAUAAAUUUUAAAGAGUUUAGAAUCCAGAUAAUGACAUAGAUUAAACUGAAUAAAUUGCAAGAAAUCUAAUGGGAAAUGAAUAAUUUAACAAACAAUAAGAAUAAAUCAAAAAGAAUCUCUUGGGGGGAUAUUAAAAAAAUUAGGCUCCUAUUGAAACAGUAUUCAAUCCCAGGGUUGUUAUUUAAAAAAAAACUAUCUAUGAAAGAUUGGGAUAAAGUAUGGCUAUUGAUUUUACAGUUGAUAAACUGUUAUAAAAGUUGUAGAAUGACCCAAAAUUAAAGAGCUUCUUUGUAAAAACAGAUAUGAAGAAGCUCAAUUCUUAGAUGUAGGCUUUUCUAACUAUGCUUUUUGGAGGACCUUCGAAUUACACAGGAAGGGAUAUGUUAGAAGCACAUAGAGGAUUAGGAAUAGAUGAUACUCAUUUUAAUCUUGUUGUGAAACACUUAAGCGACACUCUUGUAAAUUUAGCACUUCCAGAAGAUAUUGUGGCUGAAGUAGUAGAAGUUUGUGAAUCCUUAAGAGAUGAUGUACUUGGGAAAGGAUGA